CAGGAGGCGAUCACUCGGAAUCCCAGCUUGUCCAAGUGACGAGCCAGGAGGUUUCCAAAGCCCGUGUCGCAGCCGGUGAUGUACACAUACUUGCCGUCCUUGUCGGGAACCCUGGGUAGCUCCCUGAGCCAGCGGUACAGUUUCAGAGCUCACGGUGGCCGUCCGUGUACUUCACCGAUACCAGGGACUGCGGGAGGACGACAUGAGAUGAGUGACCUCCAGAGCGUUGUCUCCUGCAAACAGUUGUUUCAAGAGAAAUGAGUCAAUAUGCCAUCUGGAUCAGUGAAAUUGCAAAGUAUAAAAAAGCUUGGACAAGAGAAUCACAGCUAUGAGAUUACGGAUGAAGAACCAGCUGGUCCUUACAUGACUAUGACAGCUUCCAAGGAGAAGGCUACAGGACAACAGGACAAAGAGCAGCCUGCAAUAAGAGUUGGCUUCUUUCAGCUGUUCCGUUUUGCCUCAUGCAAUGAAGUGCUGAUGAUGGUGAUGGGAAGCAUAUGUGCCGUGCUGCACGGCUCAGCCCAGCCACUUAUGCUGCUGGUGUUCGGCUUGCUUACGGACACGUUCAUCGAGUAUGACGUUGAACUGAAUGAGCUAAGUGAUGAGCGGAAGGAGUGUGUGAACAACACUAUCCAGUGGAAGAACUACACUGACAACAUGAACCAGUCAGACUCAGGGUCUCUGUCCUGUGGGAUACUGGACAUCGAACACGAAAUGACCAAAUUUGCCUUCUAUUAUGUUGGAAUUGGAGCAGCUGUAUUUAUUUUGGGAUACUUUCAGAUCUCUCUGUGGGUGACUGCUGCUGCCAAGCAGAUCCAGCUCAUAAGGAAAAUCUAUUUCAGCAAAGUGAUGAGGAUGGAGAUUGGCUGGUUCGACUGCACCUCGGUGGGAGAGCUCAAUACGCGCAUGUCAGAUGACAUCAACAAGAUCAAUGACGCCAUUGCGGACCAGGUGGCCAUUUUUUUGCAGCGUUUCACCACCUUUGUCUGUGGCUUCUGCAUCGGUUUUGUGAAAGGAUGGAAGUUAACGCUGGUGAUUGUGGCAGCAAGUCCACUAAUUGGCAUUGGAGCAGGCCUAAUGGCUUUGUUUGUGGCUAAGCUGACUGGCAUGGAGCUGCAGGCCUAUGCUAAAGCGGGAGCCAUUGCAGAUGAAGUCCUCUCUUCCAUCAGAACAGUGGCUGCUUUUGGUGGGGAGAAAAAAGAAGUUCAACGUUAUGACAAGAACCUAGUCUCAGCACAGCGCUGGGGCAUCAGAAAGGGUUUGAUCAUGGGCUUUUUCACUGGAUACAUGUGGCUGAUUAUCUUCCUGUGUUAUGGCCUGGCUUUCUGGUAUGGCUCCAGUCUUGUCAUAGACACAGACGAAUACUCACCAGGGACACUUCUUCAGGUAUUCUUUGGUGUUCUGAUCGCAGCCAUGAAUUUGGGACAGGCCUCGCCAUGUCUGGAGGCAUUCGCUGCAGGCCGAGGAGCUGCUACCAUCAUCUUUGAAACCAUUGAAAGGGAGCCUGAGAUUGACUGUUUAUCUGAGGCAGGAUAUAAACUUGAUCGAGUCAAAGGUGACCUUGAAUUUCAUCAUGUGACCUUCCACUACCCUUCUCGACCUGAAGUCAAGAUCUUGGACCAGCUCAGUGUCUUAGUGAAGUCAGGCGAGACCACAGCCUUUGUUGGGCCGAGCGGUGCGGGGAAAAGCACAGCUGUCCAGCUCAUUCAGCGCUUCUAUGACCCCAAAGAGGGCAUGGUGACCCUGGACGGUCAUGACAUCCGCGGGCUAAACAUCCAAUGGCUGCGCUCGCUCAUCGGUAUCGUGGAGCAGGAGCCUGUGCUGUUCGCCACCACCAUUGCCGAGAAUAUACGCUAUGGUCGACCUGGCGUCUCAAUGGACGACAUCAUCACUGCCACCAAAGAGGCCAAUGCAUACAACUUUAUCAUGGACCUGCCACAGAAAUUUGACACCCUAGUCGGGGAGGGUGGUGGUCAGAUGAGUGGCGGUCAGAAGCAGCGGAUUGCCAUCGCUCGGGCGCUGGUAAGGAACCCUCGCAUCCUGCUGCUUGACAUGGCCACUUCUGCCUUGGACAACGAGAGUGAGGCUGUGGUACAGGAGGCCUUAGAUAAAGUGCGCAUGGGACGAACCACCAUCUCCAUUGCUCACCGGCUGUCCACUAUAAAGAACGCUGAUGUGAUUGUGGGCUUUGAGCAUGGCCAGGCAGUCGAGAGGGGCAAGCACAGUGAGCUGCUGGACAGGAAGGGCGUCUACUUCACCCUUGUCACCUUGCAGAGCCAAGGAGACAAGGCCCUCAACGAGAAGGCUCGGCAAAUGGCUGAAAAUGAGGCGGACGGACCAGAGAAGCUCAGCCUGUCCAGAGCCGGCAGCUACCGGGCCAGCAUGAGAGCCUCCAUCCGCCAGAGAUCCCGAUCCCAGCUAUCCAAUCUGAUUCCGGAAUCUUCUGUUCCCAUUGUUGGCGAGUUGGGCCCCAGAGCCUAUUCAGUGUCUCAAGCAGACAAAUCCAAGAAUGUGAUCCAAGAGGAAGAAGAUGAGGACCCAGUUGAGCCUGCACCAGUUUCCAGGAUCUUGAAGUACAACUUGCCCGAGUGGCCAUACAUGGUUUUUGGAUCUUUGGGGGCGGCUGUGAACGGAGGAGUCAACCCUGUCUACUCAUUGCUUUUCAGUCAAAUCUUGGCGACUUUCUCAGUUACAGAUACUGUAGCUCAGAGAAAGGAGAUUGAUAGCAUCUGCCUAUUUUUUGUAAUGGUCGGCGUUGUCUCUUUCUUCACUCAAAUGCUGCAGGGUUAUGCCUUCUCCAAGUCUGGAGAGCUCCUCACCCGCAGGUUACGUCGCCUAGGCUUCCACGCCAUGCUUGGCCAGGAGAUUGGUUGGUUUGAUGAUCAUAAAAACAGCCCUGGAGCUCUGACCACACGACUGGCGACUGACGCCUCACAAGUCCAAGGGGCCACUGGCUCCCAGAUUGGCAUGAUUGUCAACUCUCUGACCAACAUUGGAGUGGCCAUCCUCAUGUCCUUCUACUUCAGUUGGAAGCUGACACUGCUCAUCCUGUGCUUCCUGCCAUUUAUCGCUCUGUCGGGUGGUUUCCAAGCCAAGAUGCUCACUGGAUUUGCCAAGCAGGACAAACAAGCUAUGGAGGCUGCAGGACAGAUUUCAGGUGAAGCCCUCAAUAACAUUCGCACCAUUGCUGGCCUUGGAAAGGAGCGAAAUUUUGUGGAGACGUUUCAUGCGCAGCUGGAUGCUCCAUACCAGGCAGCCCUGAAGAAGGCUAACGUCUACGGGGCUUGUUACGGUUUCGCCCAAUGUGUCGUCUUCUUGACCAACUCUGCCUCCUAUCGCUUUGGGGGCUACUUGGUUCGCCAAGAAGGGCUCCAUUUUAGUUUGGUGUUCAGGGUCAUUUCUGCCAUUGUCACUAGCGGCACAGCCCUGGGAAGAGCCUCCUCCUACACUCCUGACUAUGCCAAGGCCAAGAUUUCAGCUGCACGUUUCUUUCAGCUGCUGGACCGAGUGCCCAAGAUUAGUGUCUACAGUGACAAAGGAGAUAAAUGGGAAAACUUCAAAGGGAACAUUGAGUUCAUUGACUGCAAGUUCACUUACCCCACUCGUCCAGACAUCCAGGUCCUCAAUGGACUGAAUGUGGCAGUGAAGCCUGGCCAGACGUUGGCCUUUGUGGGUAGCAGCGGCUGCGGGAAGAGCACCAGCGUGCAGCUUCUGGAAAGAUUUUAUGACCCCGACAAGGGCAGAGUGAUGAUCGAUGGGCGCGACUCGACUCUUGUCAACGUGCCUUUCCUGCGAUCCAAAAUUGGCAUCGUGUCCCAGGAGCCAAUCUUGUUUGACUGCAGUAUCUUGGAAAACAUCAAGUACGGCGACAAUUCACGGGAAAUUAGCGUGGAUGAGGUCAUCUCUGCUGCCAAGAAAGCGCAGCUCCACAGCUUUGUCAUGUCUCUACCUGAGAAAUAUGACACAAAUGUGGGUGCCCAGGGUUCUCAGUUGUCUCGAGGUCAGAAGCAGCGCAUCGCCAUUGCCAGGGCAAUCAUCCGCGAUCCCAAGAUCCUGCUCCUGGAUGAAGCCACCUCAGCGCUGGAUACGGAGAGUGAGAAGACGGUGCAAGCGGCGCUGGACAAAGCUCGAGAGGGCAGGACCUGCAUUGUUAUCGCCCACCGUCUGUCCACCAUACAGAACUCGGACAUCAUUGCUGUCAUGUCUCGAGGCUACGUGAUUGAAAAGGGAACACAUGACCAUCUCAUGGCCCUGAAGGGUGCUUACUACAAGCUGGUCACCACCGGAGCACCAAUCAGCUAACGGCUAUCUGACAAUACGAUAAUACAAGGGUGGUUUGCGUAGCAUUUAAUGGGCAUGAAAGGUAGCCAAGGAUACUUUUUCUAUAGCAGUGAUCUAAUUCAAGAUCACAAGGAAGUUGGAGUCCAUCCCGUCUUAUUUAAGGUGAGAGGUACAUACGCCCUGGACUGAGCAUAUGUGGUGACUGUGAACAGGAAAUUAAAGUUAGCCAUGUGAACCACUACACUUCAAAUAACCCAAACGACAUAAAUCAUUCAGAGAAACAAUUCUGUUUGGGAAAUCCAAUCUGCUCUCAUGUUAAUUAAUACUUGACGGAACAGUAUGUAAGUAUGGUGUUUCAACACUUGAUGGAAUGCAUAAAUGGCAAAAAAAUGAAGACCUCGAUUCUAUGUAUUAUAAAAUAAUAGCAUCAAAACCCAUGAAACUGCAAGUUACAUUGAAGCUACGAGGUAGGUUGUCAGUAGUGUAAACGAAAGAUGAUAAAUAGAAUUUCUAGAAAUGUAUGUAUGCAACAACAUGAAAUAAAAGAUAUGCCUUUACAAAGCUAUUGUCAGAGAGGCAUUCAUAACUUUAUGUGUGUAAAAUUGUGUUGCAUCAUAUUGAAAGCUUCGUAUUACUUUGGUAAAUAUCGUAUUUGGCCCCAUAAGUGUAGGAAAUAAUGGAACAUUAACAUUAAAUUACCUUUUGUUGCAUGAGUACCUCUCUGAAAUGGUUUAAUGAAAGUGGGCAUGAUAUUGUUGUUCCUCAGAAUUUUUGAUACUGCAUAUAUUCAACGUCAUUACAGUCGAUGUGUGACAAAUGUUACCCGAUGACUGUCAAAAUGCAGUUUCUGGGAUUCUUAAGCUUGAGGCCCAUUGUUGUAAAAAAAAAGUGUUUACAUUGAA